CUGCCACUUGGUGCUCUCACUGAUUCACAAAGGCAAGCAAGUGCGUCAGCAUCAGAUAAAUUACGAAUGAGAGAACAACAUGCCUGCGCCCUUCCAAGUCCUGGUAAACCAUCGAAAAUACUUAGGAUAGUGCUACAUAUUUGUAGUGGGAGACCAUUAAUGGGGCAUCUUCCACGCGGGGGAGGCGGUGGUGGAGUCCUUGGCGGCGGUGGUACUAAAGGUGUCCGUGGCGGAGGCGUUGGUGGUGCACGUGGAGGAGAAGUUGGUGGAGUUAUUGGCGGAGAUUGUGGUGGUGCACGCGGAGGAGAAGUCGGUGGAGUUUUUGGGGGAGAUAGUGGUGGUGAACGUGGAGGAGAACUUGGUGGAGUUCUUGGCGGGGAUAGUGGUGGUGCACGCGGAGGAGAAGUUGGUGGAGUUAUAGGAGGAGAUAGAGGUGGUGCACGUGGGGGAGAAGUUGGUGGAGUUUUUGGCGGGGAUAGUGGUGGUGCACGCGGAGGAGAAGUCGGUGGAGUUUUUGGGGGAGAUAGUGGUGGUGCACGCGGAGGAGAAAUUGGUGGAGUCUUUGGCGGGGAUAGUGGUGGUGCACGCGGAGGAGAAGUUGGUGGAGUUAUAGGGGGAGAUAGAGGUGGUGCACUUGGGGGAGAAGUUGGUGGAGUUUUUGGCGGGGAUAGUGGUGGUGCACGAGGAGGAGAAGUUGGUGGAGUUCUUGGCGGGGAUAAUGGUGGUGCACGCGGAGGGGAAGUAGGUGGAGUUCUUGGAGGAGGAACGGGUGGUGCACGCGGAGGAGAAGUUGGUGGAGUUCUUGGCGGGGAUAAUGGUGGUGCACGAGGAGGGGAAGUAGGUGGAGUUUUUGGAGGAGGAACGGGUGGUGCACGCGGAGGAGAAGUUGGUGGAGUUCUUGGCGGGGAUAAUGGUGGUGCACGAGGAGGGGAAGUAGGUGGAGUUCUUGGAGGAGGAACGGGUGGUGCACGCGGAGGAGAAGUUGGUGGAGUUCUUGGCGGGGAUAGUGGUGGGGCACGAGGAGGAGAAGUAGGUGGAGUUUUUGGAGGAGGAACCGGUGGUGCACGCGGAGGAGAAGACGGUGGAGUUCUUGGAGGAAAAGUUGGUGGAGUUCUUGGCGGGGAUAGUGGUGGUGCACGAGGAGGAGAAAUAGGUGGAGUUCUUGGAGGAGGAAUUGGUGGUGCACGUGGAGGGGAAGUUGGUGGAGUUCUUGGAGGAGAAAUUGGUGGAGUUCUUGGCGGGGAUAGUGGUGGUGCACGAGGAGGAGAGGUCGGUGGAGUUCUUGGAGGAGGAACCGGUGGUGCACGCGGAGGAGAAGCUGGUGGAGUUCUUGGAGGAGAAAUUGGUGGAGUUCUUGGCGGGGAUAGUGGUGGUGCACGGGGAGGAGGCGUUGGUGGAGUUCUUGGGGUUCGGGGUGGAGGAGGUGAUGGAGGAGGUGGUGGUGGAGUUCUUGGGGUUCGUGGUGGAGGAGGUGGUGGAGUUCUUGGGGUUCGUGGUGGAGGUGGUGUUCUAGGGCGGGGACGGCUAUUAGCUUCGGCAUGGCCAAUGAGGAGGAUGGUGAAUGCAAAGAAGAGGGCUAGGAUUGUUUUUGAACAUUUUGGAUUCAUUUUUCCAAGGACUUUAAGAUGUUCACUACGAUGGUUUUGUGCCACAUGUUCCAUUGCCAAACUUCUUCAUUUUAGGCUUAAAGGUGGGCUUUACUCUACGUAACCUUGAUCGUCAAGUCUUUUGAUCAUGGGCCUCCAAAUUCUUUCUACUUCUUUUGAUUCCAUUUUCAUGGCUAUAUUACUACUUUAUGUAUUGUUUACACGCUUGUUAGACGAUCUCAAGUUUCAGAUCUAGUAGAAUAAAAGAUAAUGGAGACC